ACCACAGACUGGAGCGGGACCACUGACUGGAGCGGGACCACAGACUGGUGGAGCAGGACCACAGACUGGAGCGGGACCACUGACUGGAGCGGGACCACAGACUGGUGGAGCGGGACCACAGACUGGAGCGGGACCACAGACUGGUGGAGCAGGACCACAGACUGGUGGAGCAGGACCACAGACUGGAGCAGGACCACAGACUGGUGGAGCAGGACCACUGACUGGAGCAGGACCACUGACUGGUGGAGCAGGACCACAGACUGGAGCGGGACCACUGACUGGAGCGGGACCACAGACUGGUGGAGCGGGACCACAGACUGGAGCGGGACCACAGACUGGUGGAGCAGGACCACAGACUGGAGCAGGACCACAGACUGGUGGAGCAGGACCACAGACUGGAGCAGGACCACUGACUGGUGGAGCAGGACCACUGACUGGUGGAGCAGGACCACAGACUGGUGGAGCACCUGGCCGCAGUACCGCAGCCCGUGCGCCAGGUGGCGGUAGAUGACGUGUCCGCUGCGGGCCCCUCAGAAGAAGAAGAAGAAGACGACGCUCUAACAACACUCUGUCCGCCAUUUGGGCUGUUUACACUCCGGGUUUCUUCUCUCCCUCUUCUAAUCAAACUGAACCAGCUGGUACCUGCGGUGGUACCUGCGCGCGAGACAGCAGCACGUCACAGCGACUGUGAUGGCGGCGGACCGGCGCGAGGACAAAGAUGGAGAGCUGAACGUUCUGGAGGACAUUCUGACCGAAGCUCCAGACCAGGAUGACGAGCUGUACAACCCCGAGACCGAGCGAGACAUCAGCGACAAGAAGGGAACAAAGAGGAAGAGUGACCGCUCAGACAGCCAGGACCUGAAGAGGCGUCGCCCCUCAUCAGGCCACGCCCCCUCCAGGUCGUCCUCCAGCAAUAAAAGAGCCCCGGGACCAGCCCUCUCCGCCUCCUCUUCUAAGAAGGUGGCGUCCAGCCCCCGUGGCCGCCACACCGCCACCACCAGUACCGCCGCUACCGGCAGCAGCUACCAUCAUGAAUACUACGAGGAGCGAAAGGCGCGGCGAGGGGCCCGAGAAGCGACCAGGAGCCGCGGUGGAGAGGACGUACGACGCAGAGAGUCUCCGAGAGGCCUGGAGGGUCUGAGCCAGAAGUUGCGACGUGACGAGCGGCGUGCAAGCCCCUCCCCCCAUGGGGAGGACAACCAAUCAGAGGAGGAGGUGGCAGCAGAGUACGGCUCAGAGCCGGGGUCUGGAAGCUCCUCCCCUGCCGGUUCCCACGUAGAGGAAGAGGACGAGGAGGACCAGGAGGAAGAGGAGGAGGAGGAGGAAGAGGAGGGCAUGGAGGAGGAAGAGGAGGAGGAGGAGGAGGAAGGAGAGAAGGAAGAUGAAGAGGAGGAAGAGGAGGAGUAUGAGCGCCGCGGCGGCGAGGCAAAUGACUACGACACUCGCAGCGAGGCUGGCGACUCGCGCUCCGCCUCCUCCGUCAGUUUCUCUGACGACGGCGAGUCGGUGCACUCGGGCUCGGCCUCCGAGGCCUCAGGUUCGGAGAAGAAGCGGGAGAAGCUGUCAUCGUCUGUCCGAGCAGUUCGCAAAGGGAUGGAGAAUCCGACCAGUAAACUGCGUUACAUCCUGCGAGACGCUCGCUUCUUCCUCAUCAAGAGCAACAACCACGAGAACGUGUCACUGGCGAAAGCUAAGGGCGUGUGGUCGACGCUGCCGGUGAACGAGAAGAAGCUGAAUGCAGCUUUCCGCUCGGCUCGGAGCGUCGUUCUCGUCUUCUCUGUGAGGGAGAGCGGGAAAUUCCAAGGUUUCGCCCGUUUGGCCUCAGAGUCUCAUCAUGGAGGAUCUCCGAUCCACUGGGUUCUUCCUGCCGGCAUGAACGCCAAGAUGCUGGGAGGAGUCUUCAAGAUCGACUGGCUCUGCAGGAGGGAGCUUCCUUUCACUAAGACGGCUCACCUGUCCAACCCCUGGAAUGAACACAAGCCCGUCAAAAUCGGACGCGAUGGACAGGAGAUCCAACCCGACAUCGGCGCUCAGCUCUGUGCCCUGUUCCCAUUGGACGAGAGUGUGGACAUGCACCAAGUGGCUCGCCGCGUUCGUCACAAGCGUCGGACGCCGUCGGAGCCGCGGCCUAGGGGCCGACCACCACAGCGCGAACCGGGAAGGCGUCGCCCUGAAGAGUACGACCUCCACGGCAGGAAGCGACCACGAGCCGACGGUCCGCCCGACUUCAACCAGCGAGCAGGCUUCAUCCAGGACCUGCGGAACCAGCCGGUGGACAGACGCUUCUCCAGUGUGAGGCGCGAUGUUUUCCUCAACGGGUCCUACAAUGACUACAUGAGGGAUUACCACCACAGCGUGGGGCCUCCUGCUCCCUGGCAGACUCUGGCGGCGUACCCCGGUGUGGAGCAGCCGCCCCCCCACCACCCCCCCUACUACCAUCACAGCCACCCCCCACCCCCACCUCACCAGGCCUACCAUCACCACCACCACCCCCCCCUGCAGCCACAUGAGGCUCCGCCCCCUCGCUUCAGAGACAAGCAGCGAGCGCCGCAACACCGCGCCUUCACCUCCAGCCCGCACGACUACGACAUGCGUGUGGACGACUUCCUGCGGCGGACGCAGGCGGUGGUGAGCAGCCGGCGUGAGCGUGAGCGGCAGCGUGAACGUGACCGUGGCGGCCCCCGCCGCGAGAGAGAGAGAGAGAGAGUGAGGGACAGAGACAGGGAGAGAGAGAGGGACAAAGAGAGGGGGCGCUACCGCAGGUGAUCGUGUCAUAUCCUGUCCAGGCUUUUAUUUUGGCUGUUUCCUGUUUUUUGUUGAAAAUUAUGAAUAAAAAAUGAAACGAGCUACGUGAUGACAUCAUCAUCAGCUGCAUCAUCAGUUAUGUGAAUAAAAUAUUUAAAAAACUGUAAAAAUACAAAAUCUGGUGAGGUUUGAUCAAAACAUGAAAGGGAAGUGACAUCACUGCACAGGCUUCAUUUACAGUGUAAUGUCUCCUGAACCUUCACACUUCAUUUCCCAGAAUCCUCUCUGUGGAGCUUCAGUUUGAGUCAGGACAGGAAGCUGUGUUUCAGUAUUUUAGUGCAGAGCGCUCGCACAGCAACACUUUUAGUUUUUUCUCUAAUCAGUGCUUUUAUUGUGAAAGUUUCUCCUGUAAAUCCUUCAAAUUAAAUGUCUAAAAACUUCCUGACUUCAACAUUUUGUAGUUUUUUUUGUAGUUUUCUGUUGAGUGGAACCUCUGCUUCAGUAACUUAUUUCAUUAUAUAUCGUCACACGAACAUUCAAGUUGUUUGUACUCGUGAUCGCCGCCUACUGGUGACGACACGUAAGUUUUGUUUCAGAUCUUUUUUCUUUUUUUUUUUUUUUUGCAUCUUUCUGAUUGGUUGUUACCAUGGUGACCAAACGUCUAGGAGAUCAGUUUCAUUGUGUAUUGAUCAGCAGCAGGUUAAACUGAUCUGUGUUCAGUCUCAGUGUUAAAACAACAAAACUUUAUUCGUUUCCUGUUUCUGAACAGAGGGGGUGGAGCUUCUCUGUUUUUGUACAAAUAAAAAAUAAAAUCUGAAA